UUUUGGUUUAUUGAAAAUCUAUCAAGUAUAAGUAGUAGUAAAGGAAGAAAAGAACUAAGCAGAAAAGAAACAACUAAGAUAUGUUCAAUAAACAAGUUUUGAACUGCUAAUAAACAUCUGGCAAAUAUAUAUGUGUAUAACUAAACAAUGUUCAAUAAUCAAUUAUACUGGCAAAUUAUUGCUUGGAUGUUUCAAUUAUGGUUUUUGUUAGAUUCUAAUGUGGUUGUCUUUUCCACUGAUUUAAAUGCUAACUGUGGAAAUUAUACUAAUUUUACCAGUUUAUCUGGAAAAAUUCGUUUCCCGUCAAUUGGAGAAUAUUACUCAAAUAAUAUUGAAUGCAAAUGGGUGAUUGAUGUUGCUCCUAACAUACUUAGAGUUGAAAUCAAUGAUAUAGAUAUGGAAAUUGAAAGAGCCUGUAAAUUUGAUUACGUUGCUUUUUUUAAAAAUUCUUCAUACCAAAAUGAAAUUAUUCGAUAUUGUUCAAAUAAAAGCAUAGUUUUGUUUGGCGAUACAGGUAUACUGUAUAUUAAAGUAGUGACUGAUAGUAGUGUUAUUCGGUCUGGUUUUAAUCUAACUUGGAACAGCACAGCAAUAGAAAAUUUAGUUUUUGUUUCUCCCAAAAUCAAAAAUGAAACUUAUUUUUCCGAGAUAGCUUAUUAUGCUGAAAAAUCCAAUACAACAUUUAAAUGCGAAGCAAGUGGUACACCAGCUCCAUUUGUUUAUUGGGACUAUCCUGAAAAUUCAUAUGAAAACUGUAUAUUUAUUGAAAAUGGAUUUUAUUUAUCUUAUUUAAAAAUCAUCAAUUGUCUAGACUCUUUAUCUAAAACAUUUACAUGUCAUGCAACAAGUAUAACUGGAACAGAUGAAAAAAUGGUGGAUCUUAAAUUGUCAGAUUUAAAGGCAAACUGUGGUAAUUAUACUAAUUUUACUAAUUUAUCUGGAAAAAUUCGUUUUCCGUCAAUUGGUGAACAUUAUUCAAAUAAUAUUGAAUGCAAAUGGGUAAUUGAUGUUACUCCUAACAUACUUAGAGUUGAAAUACAUGAUAUAAAUAUGGAAUAUGAAAAAAACUGUGAAUUUGACUAUGUUGCUUUUUUUGAUGAUCCUAAAUACAAAAAUGAAAGCAGUCGAUAUUGUUCAAAUAAAUACCUCGUAUUGUACCGCAAAUUAGGUAUACUAUAUAUUAAAAUAAAGACUGAUCAUAUUGUUUUUCGAUCUGGUUUUACUCUAACUUGGAACAGCACGAUAGUAGGAGAUUCACAAGUUCUUGUUUCUCCCAAUAUCAAAAAUGAAACGUAUUUUUCUGAAGUAGCUUAUUACGCUGCAAAAUCAAAUGCAACAUUUAUAUGUGAAGUAAGUGGUUCACCGGCUCCUUUUGUUUAUUGGGAUUAUCGUGGAAAUUUAUCUGAAAACUGUAUAUUCAUUGAAAGCGGAAUCAAUUCAUCUUAUUUAAAAAUCAUCAAUUGUCAAAACACUUUUAUUGAAACAUUUUCAUGUCAUGCAACAAAUAUUGCUGGAACAGAUGAAAAAGUGAUGAAUAUUAUAUUGUUAGUGUCUCCCAAAAUCGAAAACGAAACUUAUUUUUCCGAAAUAACUUAUUAUGCUGGAAAAUCAAAUGAAACAUUUAAAUGUAAAGCUAGUGGUGCACCAGCUCCUUUUGUUUAUUGGGGUUUUCGUGGAAAUUUAUCUGAAAGCUGUAUAUUCAUUGAAAGCGGAAUCAACUUAUCUUAUUUAAAAAUCAUCAAUUGUCAAAACACUUUUAUUGAAACAUUUUCAUGUCAUGCAACAAAUAUUGUUGGAACAGAUGAAAAAGUGAUGAAUAUUAAAUUGUCAGUGCCUCCUAAAAUCAAAAAUGAAACUUAUUUUUCCGAAAUAACUUAUUAUGCUGAAAAAUCAAAUGCAACAUUUAAAUGUGAAGCAAGUGGUACACCAGCUCCUUUUGUUUAUUGGGUUUAUCGUAGCUGGUUUGUUGAAUUCUGUAUGUUUAUUGAAAACGGAAUUAAUUCAUCUUAUAUAAAAUUCAUUAAUUGUCAAAACACUAACAGUUUAACACUUUUAUGUAAUGCAACAAGUAUUGCUGGAACAGAUCAAAAAGUGAUAAAUAUUGCAUUGACAGAUUUAAAGGCAAACUGUGGCAAUUAUAAUAGUUUUACCAAUUUAUCUGGAAAAAUUCGUUUUCCAUCAAUUAGAGAACAGUAUUCAAAUUUUGUUGAAUGCAAAUGGGUGAUUGAUGUUGCUCCUAACAUACUUAGAGUUGAAAUCAAUGAUCUAGAUAUGGAAUUUGAAAGUUUCUGUAACUUUGAUUAUGUUGCUUUUUUUGAUGACCCUACAUACCAUAAUGAAAUUAGUCGAUAUUGUUCAAACAAAUACAUUGUUUUGUUUGGCAAAUCUGGUAUACUGUAUAUUAAAGUAGUGACUGAUGGUAGUAUUUUUCAAUCUGGUUUUACUCUAACUUGGAACAUCACAACAAUAGAAAAUUCGCAAGUUCCUGUUCCUCCAGAAAUUAAAAAAGAAACUUACUUUUCUGAAAAUAUUUUAAGUACUAUCUACUCAAAUCUAACAUUUAAAUGUGAAGCUAGUGGUACACCAGCUCCUUUUGUUUAUUGGGAUUAUCGUAAGAAAUUAUUAUCGUCAGAAAACUGUAUAUUCACUGAAGAAGGAUUCAAUUCAUCUAUUUUAAAAAUUAUUAAUUGUCAACAAUUUUUAAGUACAAUGUUUUCAUGUCAUGCAACAAGUGUCUCUGGAAAAGAUAAAAAAGUGAUGAACAUUACUUUGUCAGUUUUAGAGGCAAACUGUGGCAAAUAUACUAAUUUUACUGAUUUAUCUGGAAAAAUUCGCUUUCCAUCAAUUGGAGAACAUUAUUCAAAUAAUGUUGAAUGCAAAUGGAUGAUUGAUAAUGCUCCUAACAUACUUAGAGUUGAAAUGCAUGAUGUAGAUAUGGAAUAUAAAGACACCUGUGUAAAUGACUAUGUUGCUUUUUUUAAAGAUCCUAAAUACCAAACAGAAAUCAGUAGAUAUUGUUCAAAUAAGUACAUUGUUUUGUUUGGCGAUUCAGGUAUACUGUAUAUUAAAGUAGUGACCAAUUAUAAUGUUAAUCGAUCUGGUUUUACUCUAACUUGGAACAGCACAACAAUAGAAAAUUCACAAGUUCUUGUUUUUCCAAAAAUCAAAAAUGAAUUUUAUUUUUCUGAAAUAUCAUAUCAUGCAACCUACUCAAAUGUAACAUAUAUUUGUGAAGCUAGUGGUACACCACCUCUUUUUGUUUAUUGGGAUUACAGUGGAAGUUUAUCAGAAAACUGUAUAUUCAUUGAAAAAGGAUUCAAUUUAUCUAUUUUAAAAAUUAUUAAUUGCCAAGAACCUGUUGAGAAAAACUUUACAUGUCAUGCAAAAUGUUUCUUUGGAGAAGAUAAAAAAGAUAUAAAUAUUAACUUGUCAGAUGCUCCAACAGCUCUUAACUUUUCUGUCUUAUUUCCACGGACUAGCUCAUCGUUAAUUUUGAAAUGGCAAGCAAUUCCACCAAGUAAAUAUGGAGUAGAAGUUAGUAAGUAUAUCAUAGAAUAUUACAUCACAAAGCUAGGAAUAUCUAAUAAAACUCAAAUUGAAAUCCUUUCUAAUGAUACCAGUUGUAUGUAUAUGCAGCACAUUUUGAAUGGAUUAACUUCUGAAGAAUAUACUGUUAAAGUUUAUGGUAUCAACAUUUACGGAUCGAGCCCACCGUAUUUACAAAUGUGUAAUCCAUCUUAUGUUGAUUACAUUAACCAAAGAAAAGAAUUUUUUUUACCCUUAAUUGGAACAUUGAAUGUUUUAAAUAACGAGUACACUUUAUCUUUCAACAUAAAAGCUAAUCAUUCCCCUAAAGGUUGUAAAAGUAUUAUACAUUUAACCUUUGAAAAUGUUUCUGAAAGUUGCUCACAUGGUUAUUUAAGUAUUGGGUUCCACAAUGAUGAAUCUGGAAAGUUAUCCAUUAAUACUUCAGAAAAUGCUAAUAAUGAAAUUGUAACAGUAUCAAUUACUAUGGGGCAAUGGUCAAAUAUUAAAAUAUACCAACAAGAGCUUACUACAGGUCUUUUGUUUGUUGUUGAUUUAAAUGAUGCUAAUAUUUACAGAAAGCAUUUUUAUACUGUUUAUCAAGAGAAACAUCGGAAAAGUGUUAAAGUGUAUGCCAAUAAUUAUAUAUAUACCAAUAAUCUUUGGGAUUCUAAACAAAAUGGUUUUAUUUCUGAUCUUCUUGUUAUCAAUGGUAAAGUUGAUUAUAUAGUUGGCAAUGAUAAUACUUCUUUAGCACGUGGACAUAUAAUUGCUCAAAUACCAAUACUUGAGAAAGAAUUUUUAAUUUUGUUUGAUGUUUUUCCUCUAUAUUUUGGUAACACUUUCGGUAAUGUUAUUUAUAUUGAAAAUAUUGGAUAUAAAGAAUUUAACAACAAUGUCAUCUUAAAGAUUGACUUUAGUAAUAAUGGAGAACUUUAUAUUGAUUUUAAAAAUGUUGGAAAAUUUAUUACAAAACCAAUUGAACUAAAUAUGUGGUGUAAAAUAGAGAUUGUUCAAACAUUAAAAAAUUCUAAAUAUAUUUACAUGAUCAAAGUUAAUGAAGAAAUUGUUUUUUCUGAAAUUAAUGACAAUGCUCAAAGUUUUUUGAAUAUCAAAGUAUAUGCUUCUAGUUUAUGUGAUUUCACUCAUAAUGGUUUAAUAAAAAACUUUUUUAUCAAUAAUAGUCAAGACAAUGAACAUAAUGUUUUGGUUGCUAAAGAUUAUAUUAGUUAUAAAAAAGUAUUUACACCAACUCAAGGUUCAAUUAUUGGUUCAAUAAAAUAUUUGGAUAAUCAGUUCACUGUUUCUUUUAAUUUAAAACACACAACUAACUUUGAGGCUUCUAAAAAUAUUCUUAAUAAUGUACUCUAUUUAACCUCUGGCAAUAGUGAUACUGAUGAUAUAGACAACAAAGUUCUAAAAGUUGACUUUUGCAAUGAUGGCUCUGAUAAAUUAAAUAUUUAUUUUGCAGUAAAUGAUAUCAAGAAUAUUAAAGUUGAAACUGAUCGGCUAACUAUGAAUCAAUGGUGCAAUAUUAAAAUCUUCCAAAGAAAGCAGAAUGGUACUUAUUUGUUUGCUGUUGAUCUAAAUGGAAAAAAUAUUAAAAAUGCAACAAUUAAUGAUGGGAAAUCAUACUCUAAUAAAAUAAAAGUGUAUGCCUCUAAUCCUUGGGAUAUACCAAUAAAUGGUUUAAUUUCUGAUCUUCUGAUUGUUAACGGAAUUGCUGAGUAUCUUAUCAAUGAUAAUAUAACAUCAAUAGUAAGAGGAAAGUUGAUUGCUCACAUUCCAAAAUUAUACAAUGAAUAUUUUGUUUCAUUUGAUGUUUAUCCUCAAAAAUUUGGUGCUAUGCAAAAUGUUAUUGAUUUUACUAUUGGAUCUUAUUCUCAAAAAAAUAAUAACAGUAUUCUUGGGAUAUGGUUUGAUGAAAACAAUGUAAAAAGAGGGCUUCUCUGCAUAUCCUCUGUUAAUUUUAUAUUUUACCAAGAUUCGUGUAAUCAUUCAAGUCCAAUUGGUCAAAAUAUUUGGUCGAACAUUGAGGUACGCCAAACAAAGAUUGAUGCUAAUUAUUUAUACACAAUCAAAAUAAAUGGAGCAAUUAUUUUUUCUGAAAAUAUCAUCCAACCUAAAGAUUUUUAUCAUGUCAAUGUUUAUGCAUCAAAUACAUGGAGCAAGAGUACAAAUAGCUCAAUAAAAAACUUCUUUGUUGUCAAUGGCAAUGGCAAAGAAGAAGAAGUGGAAAAAAUUAAAGUUCUUUCAAAUGUAUGUGAUUUAUGUUUCAUAAAUGGAUGUAACACAGAUGAAAAUGGUUUUUCUUAUUGUGUAUGUCCAGUUGGUUAUAGUGGUGAUGGAUACACUUGUGAACCUGACUGCUCUGAUCUGUGUAAAGCAAAUCAACACUGUAGUGUAAAAAACAAUAAUGGAUUAUGUGCAUGUAAAGAGGGAUAUAUGUUGGACUCAACUGGUUUUUGUUCUGCUGCUUUAAAAGCUUCUAACCUUACUACAAUUCUGGUUUCUGUGUUGGUUGUCUUGAUUGUAAUUAUUAUUGUUGUUGUUGUUGUUGUUAUUGUUGAAAAAAAUCGUAGAAGAAAAGAAAUAUGGAAGAAUCAAGAUGCUUACACUUAUGAUAAUUAUGCGGAUUUCUAUAAAUCAGCACCAGAUGAAUGGGAAAUUUUUCCAGAAAGUUUAGUUUUUGAUAAGAAAAUUGGAGAAGGUGCUUUUGGAAAUGUCUUUACAGCAAAAAUCAAUGCAAAAAAUCUUUCUAAAACAAUGUUUGCUAAACAAUCUAAAAUUGUUUCAGAUGAUGUCAAAAAUGAUUUAAAUGUUGCUGUAAAAUUAUUAAAAGAUGUAGCAAAUCAUUCAGAAUUUGAAGAUUUUCGUGAAGAAAUCGAUCUAAUGAAAGAAAUUGGAUAUCAUAAAUACAUUGUCAACAUGAUUGGUUGUUCUAGAGUCAAAAGACCAUUGUGUUUAAUUCUUGAGUAUAUGGAAAACGGAGAUUUGUUGCAUUUCUUAAAAAGCAGACGUACUAAACUCAGAACUACUGAGGAAACUAAAAGUUUUAUGUACACAGAAAAUCCGCAACAUCUUGAGGUAACAAAAAUGGUACAAAAUGAAAUUCUGUCAUUAGAAGUAAUAACCCCUAAUGAUUUGCUUAGGUUUGCAUGGCAAAUAUCAUCGGGAAUGGAGUACAUAACAAGUAUUAAUCUAGUUCAUCGUGAUCUUGCUGCUAGAAAUAUCUUAGUUAGUGCUUCAAAAGAUGUAAAAAUAUCAGAUUUUGGAUUGACGCGUCAACUUAAUGAAAAAUUAGUUUAUGAAAGUUUUAAAAGUCGUCGUUUACCAGUCAAGUGGAUGGCAGUUGAAUCAUUAUUUGAUUGUAGUUUUACGUCACGCAGUGAUGUGUGGUCAUAUGGAGUUGUUUUGUUUGAAAUUGUUACGCUGGGAGGAUCGCCUUAUCCUACAAUAAGUAAUCGUGAACUACUAAAACUUUUGAAGUCUGGUUACAGGAUGGAUCGACCAGAAAAUUGUUCUCAACCUAUGUAUGAUAUCAUGGUACAGUGUUGGAGUGAUGAUCCUUUACAGCGACCAACCUUUACAGAGUUACGCAAGCUUUUUGAAGAAAUUAUUACUCAAGGUGACAGUUAUUUUAGUUUUGACAUCAACGAAGAAAAUAUUUAUUAUAACGUACCCUCAUUCCACAGCAUAUCGUCUGACGCAAGUGAUAUUUUGGAAGAAGAGUUUUUUAAAGCGUCUAUUCUAGAAUCAUCGGUCUAAGAAAUUUAAAAUAUAGUAACUUUUACUGAAGAUUCGAUCAAACUUUCACGAAAUUAAAGUUUAUAGUUUUAAAUGUCAUAUAUUAUAUGAUUUAUAUUUAUUGUGGUC